UGGAGAUCAGUGGAUCCACACCGUCCCAAGCACGACCGUGUCCAUGGCUGGGAAAAUGGAGGCCAAGCUCGCGGCCCCCGCGCUGCUCUCACUCGUCGCACUCACCCUGCUCGCGCACACGCUCCUCCUCCACCGUCCGCGCGCCACCGCCUGGCUCCUCUCCACCGUCGACGCCUUCGGGUUCGACGGCCGCCGCCUCGUCGAGCUCGUCAACAGGAGAAACAUGAUCCUCCUCUGCAACGCCAUCCUCCUGGUCAUCCUCAAGGACGCCGGGCUCCUGGCUGCUCCAGCUCGGCCACGCAGCUCCGCGGCCGUAACGGCCCGUGGAGCUGCGUGCUCCAGCUCCGAGGCACGGCCUCAGCCCAAGACUCGGCGGACCAGUACGGCGGCUGGCGCGACCGGCGACGACGAAGGUCGUCUCGAGCGUGAACAUCGAGGCGCUGAGACGGCCACGGCGCGAGUACGGCGCAGGAAGCCGCUGACGAGAGCGAGAGAGGGGGAAUAUGCCGCGACGGUCCAAGACAUGGAUCCCGCGGAGAAACAGAGAUCGGACUACAGCUUCAACCACUUUCAUCAUGGUGCUGGCUAUGAGAUUGCCGUGGUGGCGGAUAGGAUCUCUAGUUUGCAUGACGAGGGAAGCAGAGGAGGGGAGCACACGACCCGGCAGAAAGCACAGCCUGAGAUAGUUGACGACGUGGACGAGAUGAACAAGAAAUUCGAAGAGUUCAUCGCCAGCAUGAGGAGGAAGAUGCAUCUCGAGACCCUGCAGCUGCAGCAGCAGGUCGAGGUCUAGACACAGACCGGAAAAUGACGUACUGUAUGUAGAGUGACUAGUAGGCUGUAGAGAUUCGACAAAUGUUGCCGGAAAUGGAUGUCAUGCAUAUGUAAUUUUAUAGUAUUAGAAACCUGAAAUUAUGGGAGAAAUUGUUGUUC